AUGUCUCUAGAAAGCAUUCCGAAGGAUUUGAGAAAUUUAAGAGCCUGUCUCCUGUGUUCAAUGGUUAAAACUCUUGAACAAUUUGAAUUUGAUGGUUGUGAUAAUUGUGAAGGUUAUCUUGGUAUGAAAAAUAAUCGAGAUAUGGUUUAUGAUUGUACUAGUUCAAAUUUUGAUGGACUGAUCUCCCUUAUGGGACCAGAAGAUAGCUGGGUUGCUAAAUGGCAGAGAAUAAAUCAUAUGGUUAAAGGAAUUUAUGCUAUAUCCGUAUCUGGCCGUCUUCCACCAGGUAUUAUUCGUGAGCUGAAAAGUCGUGGAAUUACUUAUAAAUCAAGAGACACUAGUACUACCUGAAUUUAUAUAUAAAUUGAAGCUAUUUAAAGUAUUAUUUGUAUAAAAUUAUUAAUUGAUUAUUGUAAACAUAUAAAAAUUAAAUAAAAAUCUUUGAUAACUUAGGACUUGUUGUAUGUAGAC